AUGGCCGCCCAUGGCCUCGAGGAGGAUAUCCGACCUUCGGAGCCGAAUUUGAGCCCAGCACCGUCCAGGUCGUUCGUAUCGUCCUCGUCCUCGUCUGCCGAGUCCCUCAAGACUCCUCGAACGCCUCGUUUUAUCGAGGCUACAUCCGUUCACUCUCCCAUCGACAUGACAUCUCCCUUUGCGGACCCUGAGAAGUUUCACGUGGCCGAGCCGCUGGCGGCCGACGUUGGCUUUGGCUACGUGAACAGUGCCGGCAAUCUGGAAUCCGUCGCUGUCCCCGCGACGCCCAAAUCGCCCCUGAAAAGUGCUAUGAGAAUCCCUGGCACCCCGGCAAGGCAGCUCAGUAAUCCCCUAAGCCCGACCUUCCGCGAGGAGGAGAUUCUUGAGAAGCGUGAGUUGGCAACCGAAAAGGAACAGGUAAAGGAUGUGAAUGUCAAGACCCGCGUUCGCAUGGCCAAAUUUGCACUGCGUGGUGUUGGCUUCAGCUGCUCUCUCAUCAUUCUCUCCAUGCUCUCUGCCUCCUUCGCCAUCUUCAAUGCCACUAGAGCCCUUCCCUCGCAGAGCAACAUGCCUUCGUGGGCUCCCGACACAAGCAAGACCGCCUGGCCGCAGAAGCUUACUCUUGCCAUGGCUAGCUUCUCCCUCCUCGUCUGCAUCUUGGUCUUCAUCACAUACUGCCGCGGUGGGCACAAGCGAGCCGAGAAGGUGAAUACGUAUUACACCAUGUUUGCCAUUGGUUGGUUUAUCGUGAGCAUGAUCCUAUGGGUCAUUACCGCCGCUCUCUUCCAGCAUGCCAAAAACAACAGCAACAACAAGGACAUGUGGGGGUGGGCCUGUGUCGACAACAUCCGCUCCGAGGUCUUCGGAGACAAGGUCGACUAUCAACUGGUCUGUCGCCUCCAGAAUUGGACACUUAUCUGCAUCGUCGUCGAGGUCGUCGUCGAGGCUGUCUCGAUUGCGCUGUACAGCAUCGUCUUUUAUCGCUAUUACACGAAGCGCCGUCUCUUCAAGUCGAUGGACUUGCGAGAUCGAGCCCGCUCCGAUCUCUACCUGGCGCAACUCCGCACCCAAUCCGCACCCAACACCCCCGGUCUUGGCCCGAAGUCACCAGCCCUCAGCAGCUACGCCAUGUCGCCUCGACACCCCCCAUCGGCCUACCGCAACUUGUCCGACAUUGACGAGGCCAGCCCAUUCACGCCGGGUGGUAGGCUUGUCGAACCUGUCUCUCAGCUACCCUCGUCAAACUUCAAGCUCCAAGCCCCUCCCGCCAAAGCACCCUCUGCCACACCCAAGCUCAACCAGGCAUCGUUCGGCCAUACCGCUGCCAGUACCAAUGCUCACGCGCCGGAGACGGUCUCCCAUCGCGCACCGCAAGCUGCCGAUGAGCCGACGUACGAGUCGGUACCUAUCCCUGGUGCCUACUUGGGUGCCGCCGUCAGAAGCCCCCCUCCAGCGCCGACCACAUUCACGCAUGCUCGCUAG